GAGCAGCGGCGGCUCUUUGCUGGCUCCGGGCUCCUUCGGGCAACUUUUAUAUUCUUUAUAUCCGCUUUUUUUUUUUUAAAGGACAAUCAAUACCGUGUUUCCUAGAAACUUUUAAUACUUUCAUACGCUCGUUUUUCGACCUUUUCGUACGACUCGCUGGCAUGGAUUGGCUGUAGCUUGCUAGCUUGGAAAAACUGGAUUUUUUUUUUCCUCUCCCCCCCCCUCUCUCUCUCUCUCUCUCCUGCUUUUCGACAAAGGCUUCCGAUGAGCCGGCGUAGACACCAGACGAGAUAAUAAUCAUUAUUCGACUUGUAUUUAUCAGCGUUUUUAACAGUAAAAAUCAGUUUAGUUAUAUCUGCUGCACCGUCUUCCCUGUAUUUAAAAACAACAACCCGACCUGUCGUCGUCGAAGCCCGCGGAGCUAACGUGAAACCCUGCAGGCAGAGCAGCUAACAGCCCGGGGGGAGGAUGACGGAGGUUCAGCUGAUAAACAUCCAACGGUUACUGGAAGCUGCGGAGUAUCUAGAGAGGAAAGAACGAGAGUGCGAACAUGGCUAUGCCUCCACGUUCCCGUCCAACGAGGACACCAACUACCAGAGGCAAAGGAAAUUCCGGAAUAAGAAGUUUAGCAGUAACCACAAUCGGUCGACACACAAUGAACUGGAGAAGAAUAGACGAGCUCACCUGCGGCUCUGUCUGGAGCGGUUGAAGUCCCUCAUCCCUCUGGGACCCGACUGCAACCGCCACACCACCCUGGGCCUGCUCAACAAAGCCAAAUCACACAUAAAGAAACUUGAAGAUGCGGAUAGGAAGAGCCAGUACCAGCUGGAGUCUCUGGAGCGUGAGCAGAGGCACCUCCACCGUCAGCUGGAGCUGCUGAGGGGGGUCAGCGGUGCUGUAGCCCAGAGUAGCCCUGGGGAGGGCGAGAGGAUACGUAUGGACAGCGUGGGCUCCACCCUCUGUUCCGACCGCUCGGACUCUGACCAAGAGGAGAUCGAGGUGGACGUGGAAAGCACGGAGUUCUCCCAUGGAGAGCUGGACAGUGUGAGCACGGCCAGCACCAGCGACCUGGACGACCACAGCAGCCUGCAGAGCAUGGCCAGCGACGAGGGCUACUCCUCCUGCAGUGUCAAACUUGCCUUCUCCUCCUAGAGCCCCUCCCCACCAGUACGCCCACCACCAUCGCCGCCACCCCCCCUGCCAAACCCAGCCGCCCUCCCAUCUGUCUAUCCACACAGCCAUGCCUACAUGCAUACACCCGUUCACCUCAGACGACACCCAGGGUCCCAGCUAAUGUCUGAGCAGCACCCCCCCUCCGCCUGCUCCCAGCAUUUGAGUUGCCCUCCCUGCCAGGGACCCAUAUGAUGUGAGACUGACGACUGCUUCUGGUCUUCUUCUCUUCUUUUAAAGGGAGGUCAGAGACUUGGUUGAUAAGAAAAAAAAAAUGAUACAGCAUCGUGAUUUUUAAACCUUGCAAUUGAAAUGAAUGAUUGAUUUUACUCCUUUUUACUCCAAACCUUAAAAUGUCUGGAUUUUUUCUAAAGAUUCACAAUCGAUUUCCCAAUUUGAUUCAAAAAUGCACUUAAAUGUAGAAAUAUAUCCAAGUCCUCCCUCCUGAGGGUGUGUGUGUGUGUGUUUGGAGCUGAUCCUUCGUAUCCCAUCCUGAUGUCGUGGUGUUGGGCCGGGAUAAUCGGGAGCACAUCUAAUCGGGACUUCAACGAACACUGUGGGUGAACUUUGCCAUAUCAACACAGCUGAAACAACAUCUUUCCAGCCCCUGAUUGAAGCCACGUCUUUUUUUUUUUUUCCGUCACCUCUGCUCGACAGCGCAGAAGCUCGAACACUUGAAUCGGUGCUAUAGUGAGACAAACCAAUGGGAAAGCAGAUCAGAUACACAACCACUAAGCUGUUAAAGCAAACAAAGCAUGUCUGUUAUGAUUGUUUCCAACCAAGUGUGGAGGGAAACAACCCCCCCAAAAAAUAUAUAUGGAGGGAAAAAAUACAUUCCUAUCGAAUGUGGGUGCUCAGUGCAUUUUCAAAGAGUGGAAAUUGUAACUGUGUGUGUGUGUGUGUGUGUGUGUAUGUGUGUGCGCGCGCGUGUGUGUUUUCGUUUUGGUUUCUUUCCCCUCGACAAGCAGCUACAACAAGCCAUCCUGCACUUGCCUACUUUAGAGCUGUCCACAGAAACAGCACAAACAAACCAAGAAGUAAAAGAGAGAAAAAGUCCAAACGAAAAAGUCGACAAACUUUGGAAUAGACGCCCAACCUCUUUCCAGCAGUAACAAGCAAUAACUCUUGUAGUUUUUUUUUUUGUCCCAUCAGUUUGAAAUCCCUCCUGUUUUUUUCCCCUCACCUUAAAGACACGUGUGUGUGUGUGACCGUCCAAAAAAGCAGAUUUCUAGUUUUUUCUUUGUACAUACAAAUAGCUCAAUAAAUAAAAGUUUAGAAAAGAGAUUUAAAAAAAAAAAAAGGGUAGAGCUCAUGGAUAGACAUGUUGCCUCUGUUGCUGGUUGACCUGUGUUUAUUGUGCUUUUUAGAUUCAGAUUUACGGAAAGAUGUCGUCCUCUACAGAGUGACAGUGGAUGUGGCAUGGACACUAUUUUACUCUGCUCAGUUUUUAUUGAUGGAAACAUUUGAGAGUUACUCGUUUCCAUUGCUUCCCAGAGGAGGAAAGAAAAUUGAUUCUCCAACACGAUAAAAACCACAAAACAACAAAAACAAAAAAGCGUUGCAGUGAGACUUGUGUUGGAGGAUGUCUGUGUGUCACUCUCUUAUAAUUUAUUAGACUUUUUUUUUUUUUUUUUUCUCGUGUUUGUAUUGUUCAUGAACAGGGGGUUAAAAAAUGCUGCAUAUGGCAUUCAUUCCACUGGUGGUCAGGUGUUCUGUGGAGGAAAACGUCUGAGGUGCAGGGGGGGAGGAAAAAACGGGUUAUAUGAUGUCACUGUUCGCCAUCCCAGCUCCAUUGGUGUUACAGAUUGCACUUCCACCACAGUUCUCUUUACGUUUUUCUGAUUUUAUUAUUCUCUCUCUUUUCUGCCGUCAGUCCCCAUGAAAUCCUUUUAUGUUUGGAAGAGAAAGAAAAACAAACAGCGCCACCGUUUUGAAUAUUUAUUUCUCAAAUCCCUCAAAGAACCCAAGCGACGGGGUGAAAGAAAAGUUAACUUAUUUUGGUUCUGUCUUAUUUUACUCCUCCUAUUGAUGAUUAUUCCUCAUUCCUUAUUUUAAGAAAUGUAUAUUUUAUGGGUUAUUGUCGUUAUUAUUAUUAUUCCUUGAUUUUAUCUCAAUUUUAUUUGAGGGGAGGGUCCAGAGGGUGGGAGGGAAUGAGAAGAAAAUGUAGCUGUUUGUUUAUAUAUUCUUUCUUUUCUUUUUUUUGAUGGACACUCCCUAAGCUGCUCCUAAUGCUGAGCCUGCCUGUUUAGAGUCGUCAGCCUUGUCCGGAGCCGACUUUCCCACCUCUCCUACGCUAUGCCUGUGACGAUGAAUCCAGAUCUUUAAAAAAAAACAUGGAUAGGCUGAAAAACAAAAAGGCCGAACCUGUUUUUUGAAGGGGGUCUGAGGGGGGGGGCUUCCUCUGCACAAGGCUUAUUUGAUAGCCAAGACUUUUACUGGCAGUUUGAGCCGGUUGCUACACAAUAAAAAGCGAUCUAAAACUCCACUCUCCUCUAUUAGGAGGACUGUAGUCUCUAUUAAACUUGUGUUGUAGUUGAAAAAAAAAUGUGUCUUACAUUUACAAGGCCUCCCACUGAGGAUUUAAAGUGAAAAAGAAAACAAAGAAGAACAAAUCCUUCGCUUUCCUCUGAAGGACGUCACUACGGUGAACAGAGUUUGACAUGAGAGCUCUCUGGCAGAGCUCUGUUGAGGUUGUUGGACAUGGCACUGAAUCAGAGAGUCACCACCGUUGGUGCUCCAUCAUUAAAAAAUACACAAAUGCCAAAACCACCUCAGAACACCUCAGUGUCCUCUCUCUUUAUCUCUCUCUCUCUCUGUCGUCUCCGAGGGAAAGUUUGCAUUUAUUCUGCCCCAGUUUAAGUUAUUAACCUUCAUCGUCUCUUCGUUUCUGUUUUCUUUUUCAUAUACGUUGGGUUUUUAUGAACCUGCGUUGAUGACAGGUAAAAAUGUCCCGUGUUUGAAAAAAAUAAAAUUCACUCCUUUUGCAGAUCGGACACUUGUCUUUUCACCUGCUUUGGGUCCAAAGUGUUUUCUUACGUCAUAUGGACAAAUCUGACAAUGUUGGAGUUGUUGUUUUUCAAAAAAAAAAUGUGUGAAAACGCUCUGGCGCUCAUUGUAUUGUCUCUUGAGGCAAAUUAUUCUGAUCUUGUAUUCUAAAACGGGAUGAAAACAAAUUUUAAGAAGUGGUUUGACAGAAGCCAGGUCUGUGCUCUCUCAUGUGUGAGUGUUCAGUGUAUGUGUGUGUCUGUGUGUGUGUGUAGAAAGGCACCUGGUCCAGGACUCGUCUGCACUGAUCUUAGUUUCCUGCCUGCUGCUCAGCACAUAUCAGACUCCUGGACCAGUCUGUCCAGUGUGAGAUAUAAUAAGUGGUGGUGGAGGCUCCAUCACAUAAACUGCAGGUGUGGUUUUGCAUUGAAAGUGAAAAGAACUGUUAAGGUCAGAGCAGACUGGUCCAGGGUCAGUCCAGGUUACUGGAGUUUCUGGCUACGCUGCAAAUUCAAAAAACAAAUGUCAUAUCUACAUAAGCUGUUGAUCACAAAGCUAUAUUUUUACCUCUUUGUUUUAGGCUUAGGUUUAGACCCUCAGUCCUGACUGUGCUUCAGGUUGGUGAAUGAGUUGACUUGACUAAUAGUGAACCAGCACAGCAAAGUGGAAGCUGUAUGAAACCACUUUCCGUUCUGGUGUCGGUCCCUCAGGAGGUCGACGUUGAGCAAACGGCUCCACGAGGUCAAGUUUAGCCAAACCAAACGAGCAGGAGUCCUGUUGUUCUGAACCUGUGGCCAUCCUUUGUAAAACAUGCACUCUGAUAAAUGACUCUAGCCGUGUAAGUUGAAGAUGCAAUACUUACAAUAAAAACACCAAGAUUUUCAAACCUGAA